UUGACAGUUCGAAUAGUUUUGGAUGAUUUGGACUUUGGAAAUCUGUACACACCACAAUGAAAUUGGUUUGAUUUCGUAAUAGGUGAUAAUUUUUUUUAUUUGUUGUUGGUACGUGAAAAAUAAGUAUGUUAUCGUUUUUUCGUAAAUUGUCGCUAUCGGACAAAGUCAAGGAAGGCAUAUUGCCGUACGGAGUUAUGGCUACUCCGGAAGAUCUUUUGAAAGCUAAAAACCAGAGCACUUUAUUAUUGAAGGAUGAAAGUGAGCUGAGGGAAACUAUUUACGAUUUACUUCGAACAAUCAAAGAUCCUGAAAAACCCCAAACCCUUGAAGAACUGGAUGUAGUGUAUGAAGAUUGCGUCUACAUAAAUAAACCGACAACAAAAGGUGUUUCAGUAAUUCGAAUCGAGUUUAACCCAACGGUACCACACUGUUCCUUAGCUACGCUCAUCGGUCUCUGUAUCCGUGUUAAAUUAGAACGUCACCUAGUCGCUUCGUUCAAAUUGGAUAUCUAUAUCAAGGAAGGGGCUCAUGCGACAGAAGAUGAAAUAAACAAACAAAUAAACGACAAGGAACGAAUCGCCGCUGCAAUGGAAAACCCUAACUUGAGAGAUCUUGUCGAAAAGUGUAUUCAAGAGGAAGAAUGACCUCUUCCGUAAGUUAUUAAAUUAUAUUGAUUUCACAUACCUUGCCUUUCGAAUUGCUUCCGCAUGUAUGCUGGGAUGAUUGUUGAGGAUGUUUUGCUGCAUUUGAAAAUUCAAUAUUUAUCUCACAAAAAUAAUUAAUUCCUUCGAUAGGUGAGACAACUAUUUCUUCAUUCAAAUCUUUCCACAUAACUAGAAUCAAAUAUAAAAACAUUCAUUUUGAUUCAAUCCCUGUUGGGCAAUAUAGGUUUGAAGAAAUUGUGUUCAAGGCUCAUCUGUGUUUCCUACCACAGCCAUCAUGCCCAUCAGCGCCACCCCAUUUUUCAUACAUUUGAUCUAUUUCUUUUGUGCAUUCGUUAUCCUUAAAAUCAAUUGCACCUAAAUUUCUGCCUUUUUUAAAUUUUUCUGAUGUAAGUGGGUUUCCUUCCGUUUUUAUGGCGGUUUUCACCUGAAUCAUACAAUAAAAUUGAUAAAUUACUUGUUAAAUUAUGG